AAAAAAAAGCGAAAUAUUUUGGUCAGAAUUGGCAGGUUAAGAGUCAAAACAAGAAAAAGGCACCGCCGCAGCGCAAGAACGAGCCAUCAUCAACACUUCGUCCUCUUCUUCAUGAUAUUCACGAGGAUUUUCUUCUUCGGGAAUCGCCGAUAGAUUCAACUGCGGUCAAGCUCCACCUCCGUUCAGUUCAACUCCCAAACAAGAAACCGAAUCAUCCCAAACGCGGAGCUGUCUGUGAGCGAUCACCCAAUUGGGGUUUAAUUUCCCAGACCCAUCACGAGAGCGAUGAAAUUGCCGCGACCCAGCUGGGGAUUCGGUGUGAUUGUUUAGCUUAAGAGGAAGGGAGAGGAAGAGGGAGGGGAAGGAAAUGGAUCCGGAGCAGACUUUCAUAAGGGUGCAGGAGCGGUUCUCGCAGAUUCUGACCCCUCGAUUGAGGGCUGCUCUGGAGUAUAUCUACCUCUUCAUUGCGAUCACUCUCUUCUGUAUCCUGGUUGUCAUGCACGCCAAUUAUGUCCAGCAACCUGGCUGUUCGAGUGAGUUCUCUGGGAUGGAGACGGCAGAUGCGCAACUCAUACACAUAAAGAUCACCAGUGCGGGCUUGUGGUUUCGGAACGAGACCGAAUUUAAUGAGGUAGACGUGCCUGUUACCGAAAAAUUAUCAGGUGAGUUAGAAGUUCCAACAGUUGAUAGAAAGGGAAUGACAUUUUUGGCUGCAAAGUCUUGGCUAAGCUGGAUUGGAUCAGGUGCCAGGAGGGGCAAAGUUGCCUUGAAAUUUUGGAACAUUUAUACUGAACCACCUGAAUAUCAAGCAGAAACUUCUUACAAUGGUCAGAACUCUAAUCCUGUUCUCGAGGAAGGAGUCGGAAAAGCUUCUAAAGAGGAUCCACACUAUAGCUUCAUUUUAUCAGCAAAGGAAACUCUGAGAGCUGCAGUUUUUCACUUUGGUAGGAAGUGGCACAGGCGUCUUUCUUUUAUAUGGAGACAUGUGAGGCCAAUUGCUGGGAGCUUCUGGAAGUUGUGGAAUAUCGCAGGUGUCCGGCUGAAUCUUCUUGUGCCCAGGUGGUUGCAAGUUCUGCCCUUGGAUAGGCUAAAUUCUUAUGCGGUGCAGUUUCUUGAGAAGCGAAGUAAAGCUUUUGAACCCACUUAUUUGUACACCAUGGAGAAGGGUUACUUCCUGCUACCUGAAGCGGCUAAGUCUCGACACAAUAUCCGUACCAUAAAUAUUAGCAUAUCAGCUCGGCAUCCUUGCUUUGGAAACAGGUGGCAGCAGCUUCUCAUAAACAGAUUUGUUGGAUACGAUACUAUUCUGAUGAAUAGUUUGCUGAAUUCUCCAGGCCAAGGUUAUCUGUAUAAUUACCAGACAAAGGAGUUCUAUAACCUUAGCUAUGUGCAAGAACCUCCAGAAGGUCCUGCAAAAUUUGGAGACUACUUUGUGACGAAAUGCGGAGUUCUAAUGAUGUCAUUGUUCGUAUUUUUCACAACCACAAUGUCCGUAUCAUUCACACUGAGGGAGACUCAGACUCGAAUGUUGAAGUUCACAGUUCAACUUCAACAUCAUGCAAGGCAUCGACUUCCAACAUUCCAGCUGAUAUUUGUUCAUGUCAUUGAGUCACUUGUCUUUGUACCAAUUAUGAUUGGCAUCCUGUUCUUCUUAUUCGAGUUUUAUGACGAUCAGCUACUGGCUUUUAUGGUCCUAAUUCUUGUCUGGCUCUGUGAACUUUUUACUCUCAUAAGCGUCCGAACACCGAUAUCAAUGAAGUUCUUCCCCCGGUUCUUUCUUCUCUAUUUUCUGGUUUUUCACAUUUACUUCUUCUCGUAUGCUUAUGGUUUUUCGUACUUGGCACUCUCUACAACUGCAGCAUUCAUGCAACACCUCAUCCUAUACUUCUGGAACCGGUUCGAGGUUCCAGCCCUCCAAAGGUUCAUGCAGAACCGCCGCACGCAUCUUCAACAGCACCCUGACUUCCACAUCACCUCCUCCACUUUCCUUGCAUCAACGUUCCAGAUCACAAGAUUGAACACGAGGAACCCAGGCCCUGGGAAUCCAGACCUGAGGCCAGGAACAAAUCAAGCACCGCCGCAGGGCGGGCCCCAGGAUGGUUUUGGAAUCAGGGCACAGGCGGACGGUGAUAAUCCUGACCGUGUCCAGCAGGCGGAGGCAGGAGCUAACCCCGGGGCGAUGAAUUCGUUCAGUUCCCUCCUGCUGUGGAUACUGGGCGGGGCUUCCACCGAAGGCCUGAACUCAAUAUUUUCCAUGUUCAGAGACGUGAGAGACCAAGGCCAAGUUUUCCCUGAGCCUCCAAGGCAGGAAAUGGGUACGAAUGAAGACGUGCAAUAGAAGGAGAAUGGGUGAAUAGAGAGCUGGACAAACUUGUCCCUGGAGAUAAGCAUCGACUGCGAUCAACAGGAGAAUAAGGCUCGGUCUGGACUGUUACUCUGUAGAGAUGUGAAAUGUGUGAUACGGCUUAAGAUCUGUAUCCGCUUGCCCUCUAGAGGCAAACUGGUAAAAGGGAGAGAAGCAGAGAAGGCAGUAUGAGGAGCGAAAAUGAGUUGUUGAUUUAGCAUGGUCUUACAGAAUGAGAAACGCGACAUCUGCAUUCGAUAUCUUUGUUACAUGCAAUCUGCAACCUGUGGACAGACGAGGAUUUUUGUAUAUUACAGGCAGCUGCAUGUUGCCUUUUCAAUUGAGAUUUCUUCUUGUUCAUUUCUCCCUAUAAAUGGCUUCACCUUGUGAGCAGUUCUGUAGUAAUAAUAACUGUUGAUUGAGUUA